AUGUCAUUAGAUGCGGGGGGGCAUUUAACGCAUGGUGCUCCUCCCAGUCUGUCUGGUAAGUGGUUUAAUCCUAUUUUUUAUAGUGUAGAUAAAGACACUUAUUUGAUUGAUUAUGAGCAAGUAGAAAAAUUAGCUUUACAACAUAAACCAAAAUUAAUUAUUGCAGGCUAUUCUGCCUAUACUCGGCAAUUGGACUUUGCUAAAUUUAGAGAAAUAGCUGAUAAAAUUGGGGCAUAUUUAUUAGCAGAUAUUGCACAUAUUGCUGGGCUUGUAGCAACAGGGGAACAUCCUAGCCCUUUGCCGUUUGCACACAUUGUAACUUCAACUACUCAUAAAACUUUACGGGGGCCGCGUGGAGGACUAAUUUUAUCAAAUGACGAAGAAUUAGGAAAAAAAAUAAAUCUUGCUUUAUUUCCUGGGUUACAAGGGGGUCCUUUAAUGCAUAUUAUUGCGGCAAAAGCUGUAGCAUUUUUUGAGUGUUUAAAGCCAGAUUAUUCGCUAUAUAUCAAGCAGGUAAUUACUAAUGCCCAGGCGCUUGGUAGUAGCGUAAUGAAAAGAGGCUACGAUAUCUUAACUAAUGGUACCGAUAAUCAUAUGAUAUUAAUUGAUUUAAGAAAACACGGCAUUACCGGUAAGAUAGCUGCCAAUUCUCUUGACAGAGCAGGGAUAACGUGUAAUAAGAAUGCGGUACCAUUUGACCCUACUUCUCCAUUUAUCACGUCUGGUAUCAGGCUAGGAAGUCCAGCAUGUACCACCAGAGGGUUUAAAGAAAAGGAGUUUUUAGAAGUUGGUGAAAUGGUUUGUGAUAUACUAGAUGUGUUGAAAACUAACCAACAUAUUAGUGCACGUGAAGAUAGUGUCUAUAAGCGAGUUCAACAUCUAGUAAGUAAAUUCCCUCUCUAUAAACCUAAUGCGGUAUAGCCUGCGGUAUUUAGCUGGUGACACUUGAUUUUGCAGAGCUCGGUUGUUCACGUAUUAUCUAUACGCUGCGCAACCUCACCUUUAAAUUCAAGUGUCCUAACUAAAUCACUUUGGCUAUAGGAUAAAUAAUUUGGGUCCGUAUUUUUUGCUCUACCCUCAAGAAUUGCAUUUUUAUUUUACCCUAAUUCGCAUGCUCAUAGUACUCUAGGGUAUGUCGUCAUGAGAUUUUAGUCCACAUUAGUAAUCCUCUCAGACAAAGGCCUGCCAGGUAUGAUUUUGUAUUUUUAGCAUAUCUUGUUGCUAUACCACGCCAUUCUUUAAAUGUUUGAAAUGUAUUUUCAAUAAUGUGUCUUAGUUUAUAUAGAUCUUUAUCUAUCUCUCUUUGAAUUUUUCUGUUUCUUUUUGAUGGUAUUACAGGAAUUAUGUUUGCUUUCUCGGCAGAUUCCACGAUAAUAUUUGUAUCAUAAGCUUUAUCCGCUAUAAUGUGCUGCGCAUCUAUAUUUUGGAUUAACUCACAAGCUUGAGUACAAUCGUUUCUGGAACCUUCUGUAAUAAUAAUUCUGACCGGCAUACCAUGCGCAUCCACGGCCAUAUGUACCUUUGUAUUGAGCCCCCUUUUGUGCGGCUAAUCGUUUGAUUCCCGCCUCUUGCUCCAAGUCCUGCUUUAUGAGCUUUUACAAAUGUAGAAUCUAUCAUUAACCAUUCAAAAUCAGGGUCAUUUAUAAAAAUAUUCAGUAAGUGCUCCCAUA